ACGUGGUUCCGGGCCCCAGGCGACGCGCGCCGGUGCGACGUCAACGCAGCCGGGAGAGUUUUACCCAUCUGUGUUCCGCGGCCCGGCCGCGGCUGAGUCCUCCCAGGGCCAGGGUUGGGCGCUUUGCUGAGUCCCUUUGUGGCCGCCAUGGACAAUUCCGGGAAGGAAGCGGAGGCGAUGGCGCUGUUGGCCGAGGCGGAGCGCAAAGUGAAGAACUCGCAGUCCUUCUUCUCUGGCCUCUUUGGAGGCUCAUCCAAAAUAGAGGAAGCAUGCGAAAUCUACGCCAGAGCAGCAAACAUGUUCAAAAUGGCCAAAAACUGGAGUGCUGCUGGAAAUGCGUUCUGCCAGGCUGCACAGCUGCACCUGCAGCUCCAGAGCAAGCACGACGCAGCCACCUGCUUUGUGGACGCCGGCAACGCGUUCAAGAAAGCCGACCCCCAAGAGGCCAUUAACUGUUUGAUGCGAGCAAUCGAGAUCUACACAGACAUGGGCCGAUUCACGAUUGCGGCCAAGCACCACAUCUCCAUUGCUGAGAUCUAUGAGACGGAAUUGGUGGACAUCGAGAAGGCCAUCGCCCACUACGAGCAGUCCGCAGACUACUACAAAGGCGAGGAGUCCAACAGCUCAGCCAACAAGUGUCUGCUGAAGGUAGCUGGCUACGCCGCGCUGCUGGAGCAGUAUCAGAAGGCCAUUGACAUCUACGAACAGGUGGGGACCAAUGCCAUGGACAGCCCCCUCCUCAAGUACAGCGCCAAAGACUACUUCUUCAAGGCGGCCCUCUGCCACUUCUGCAUCGACAUGCUCAACGCCAAGCUGGCUGUCCAGAAGUAUGAGGAGCUGUUUCCAGCUUUCUCUGAUUCCCGAGAAUGCAAGUUGAUGAAAAAGUUGCUAGAGGCCCACGAGGAGCAGAAUGUGGACAGCUACACCGAGUCGGUAAGUGGCCAGCAUGGGGGGCCAGGCCCCUUCACGAGGAUGGGUCUCCUGGGAAAGCUGCCCUUCUCAGACACACUGUCCCUUGACAUUCACCCAUUUUUAUCUGGCCCCCAGCCCACUGUGAAUUUGUUUCUCCAGUCACCCCAGAAACCUUACAAGUAGCACCAGGAGGCGCAGGGAGUGUUCUCCCCAUUUUAUAGAUGGUGGCACUGAGGUUGGGGAGGUCAGGAGGCUCGGCCUUGGCCCCUCAGGGGCAGAGCUGGUGUUCAGAGCCACAUCUGUCUGCCUCUGAAGACCAGGGUUCCUUGAGUCCCCCAGGUGAGUGUGUGAGACUCAACAGUGGGCGCCUUGGGCACCCAGGAGACACAGACGGGGAGGGAAGGGGUGAGAAGGAGAGUGGAGCUGAGGACAUGGGAGAGGUGCCAGCUUCUCUCUGCCUGGUGGAGCCGCCCACGCGGCUCUCUCUCCCUUCCCUUUCUCUGUUCCCAGCGUUCCUGGGCUCAUUGGCAUCCGGCUCAGGUCCUGAUUCGCUCCUCUAAUGGCAUAUGUCAAGCGUUUCUCCCUAGGUGCCCCUCGGGAAUGGAAGCCCCUAACUGAGGACAGUGAGCAAAUGCCAUCCGGUUCCUCCUGCCCCAGAUAGUGGGUGGCAACUCAGCCAGGAGCUCAAAGAGGGGAUGCCCAGCAGGCCGUGGCUUCUCUCCCCCGUGGCACUCAGGAGUGGCCUUUUCCUAUCUCCAGGCCUCAGUUUCCCACCCAUUCAAUGAGGAUGCUGGACUUUUUUUUACUUUUUUUUUUUUUGAGAUGGAGUCUCGCUCUGUCACCCAGGCUGGAGUGCAGUGGCGCGCGCUCGGCUCACUGCAAGCUCCGCCUCCCGGGUUCAUGCCAUUCUCCUGCCUCAGCAUCCCGAGUAGCUGGGACUACAGGCGCCCGCCACCACGCCCAGCUAAUUUUUUGUAUUUUUGGUAGAGACAGGGUUUCACUGCGUUAGCCAGGAUGGUCUCAAUCUCCUGACCUCGUGAUCCACCCGCCUCAGCCUCCCAAAGUGCUGAGAUUACAGGCUUGAGCCACCACGCCCGGCCAUGGACCGUUUUUUUUUUAAAAGCUACAAUAUCUUUCUCCCCCAAGGGAAAUGUUGUGCCCGGCAUAGUCAAGACAGACAAGAGGGAGCUCCCAUGGCUGAGUUGGGGCCUCAAGCCCUCCCUCUGCUCCUUCUCAGAGACCAGGGGUGACAGGGACAUAUCUUGAAAACCUUGGGACAAGUGCCCUUGGGCUGCAGGGUUGGGAACAGGGAGGAGCAUGGCCAGCCUAUCACCUGGUGUGCCCUCAGGUGAAGGAAUAUGACUCCAUCUCCCGGCUGGACCAGUGGCUCACCACCAUGCUGCUGCGCAUCAAGAAGACCAUCCAGGGCGACGAGGAGGACCUGCGUUAAGCCCCACCCAGCCCCCCAGCACCCAUCUUCCUGUCCCAUCUGCUCAGAGAGAGGUGGGGCUGAGACUUGCUGGAGAGCUUCCCUCCUUUCCCACCUGGGGAGUCCCGUGGGCCACAGUGGGCAGGCGGCACUGGGGGUCAGCAUGCAGGGGCACCAGAGGCCCAGGCUGCUGGCCGGACAGUCACCCUCUGUUCUCGCUACAUCCCUUGCCCCCUGUCCAUUUAUUUAAGCCCCCAUAGGUGCCCUUCACCCCCAAAACCAUCUGUACAGAAUCUUUGAUACAGACCUAUUGCUAGGGGUGCUGCCGGGGGUUUGGGGUCAGCAUCUGGCCCCCCAUCUCCUGACCAGCUGAGUCAUGAGGCCAGUUUCUGUCUCUCCCACUUUUGUCCCCCAGCCAAGCUCUAAAGCACAUGUAGCCGCUGAGACUUGCUGUCUCUGCUAGGGGAAGGCUCCUCUUCCCCCAGCUUCCUGCAGCCCCGACCUCUCAGGUUAGACCCUGGGCCCUGGAGCUUAGGGGGUUCUCCCCCACCCCAGCCCAACACCUGCUCCUUCCCUAAUGCUUUGAGGUUUUUCUUGGUUGGAAGCUGCAGCUGGCCCAAGAAAGAAAAUAAAAAGCAACACUUUUGCAUGA